AUGGCUUCCACCCAAUCCGCCUUCGCGGGAACCAUUCCGGCUCCGAAGGUUAGGGUAGUUGCAAAAAUUCGUGGGUUUUCGGAUCCAGAUACCAGUUUCGAAGCCUCCAGAACUGUCGACUGGGUUUCGGUGACCACAGAAAUUUCCGGGGAAGUUACCAUCUCCUUUAAAGAACAAUCUUCUAGUCGGUAUUCAGUUGACUAUUGCUACAACGAACAUGAAGAUAAUGAGGUAAUCUAUUCAAAGGAGGUGAAACCUCUUGUUUCGGCUGCUUUUGAAGGUAUUAAUAGCACGGUUAUUGUUCAUGGAGCUAGAGGCAGUGGCAAAACUCAAUUAAUUCAGGGCUCUUUGGAGAAAUCGGGUUUGGCAAUGCUGGCUAUUUCGGAGUUUCUCUCGGUGACUGAGAAAAAUGGAAAAUCUAUAGCAGUUUCUUUCUAUGAGGUUGAUCAUCAAGACCAUGCUACUGAUUUAUUAAACCCAGAACAAUCACCAAUUUUGGUGCUUGAAGAUCACGGAAGAAUUCUGUUUAAAGGGCUUACUCAAACUCCUGUGAAAUCCAUUGCUGAGUUUCAGAAUUUAUACAUCACAGCAUGUUCUGCACACACGGCUGCACCCAAAAAAGGAUUUGAGCCUGCACCCAAAAAAGGAUUUGAGCCUGCUCGGAGAAGCCACUUGGGAUUAAUUGUUCAUGUCUUUGAACAUAAUAAAAGUGUAAAUGGUCUUGUGAGCAAAAUGAAUUUUGUUGAUAUGGCAGGUUAUGAAGAUGCUAGAAAGAAAAGUGGCGAUGCUUCUGGUGUUGCUGAGAAUAACAAAAUUAACAAGUCAAUUUACGCCUUACUGAAUGUUUGUUAUGCUUUGAGCGCAAAUGAAAGUCGUGUCCCCUUUCGGGAAAGUAAACUCACACGCAUGUUGCAGGACUCCUUGAGGGGAACUAGCAAAGUUUUGUUGGUUUCGUGCUUGAACCCAUCAUUUUGCCAAGACACCGUUUACAUGCUUACCUUAGCAUCACGGUCAUGUCAAAGGUCUCAUCGGAUGCCCUUUGGUUCCACGAUGAAAAGUGCUAGUUCAACCAGACAGUCAGUGAACUUAGAUUCCACAAAGAAAAUUGCAAGUUCAGCAAGACAAACAGUUACCUUAGAUUCCUCAAAGAAAAGUGCAAGCUCAGUAAGACAGAUAGUUACCUUAGAUUCUACAAAGAAAAAUGUGAGUUUAGUAAGACAGACAGUAACCUUAGAUUCUAUAAGGAAAAGUGCAAGUUCUGUAAGACAGACAAAAACCUUAGAUUCAAUAAGGAAAAGUGAAAACUCAGUAAGGCAGACAAAAACCUUAGAUUCCACAGAGAAAAGUGCAAGUUCAGUAAGGCAGACAAAAACCUUAGAUUCAGCAAGGAAAAGUGAAAAUUCAGUAAGGAAGACAACAACCUUAGAUUCAACAAGGAAAAGUGAAAAUUCAGAGACAAAAACCUCAGUUUCCGCGAAGGAAAGUGCAAGUUCAGCAAUGCAGUUCGUGACUAUUCGUAAAAACAAGAUACCCAAAAGUGUUUCUGCAUCAACAAAGGAAUUACCAGGUUCCAUAUCUCAGAUAUAUGAUGAAGAAACAUGUGUUGUUGCUAUGAAGUCUGAAAUACAAGGAAGGAAAUUGUUUGAUGAAGUCAGUCACUCUGCUGCUAAAGCCGAGAAGGUUGACUCAUCUUUGAACGCUAGCAGUGAAGUGGAACUUGAUCCCAUAGUGGAAAAGGGUACUUCUUUUGAGGAUAAAGAGGAGAUGCAUUAUCUCAUUAAUUACUCCAAAGAUUUGUCAAUAGCUAACGAAGGUGAAAACAUGAACAAGGAGAACAACAACUUAAUGGAAAAUGAAGAUUUUUCACCACCCAUUAGUUCUCAAUUGCGUGAACUUCAAUCUCUCGUUUCAUCAACUCCAUUAUGCAUGCAGUUACUAGAGGAGAAAUUCAUUUCACCGGAUGAUAAUCAGAUUUCUACUAAAACUGCAGAACUAAGAACUUCUGAUACUGAAAACCUAGAUGUAAUGAAUAAUAAAAGUUUUUGGGAAACAUUCAACCUGCAUGGUUAUGGAAUGAAGAAUUCUACUGAAGUUACAGAACCAAGAACUCUUGAUAUUGAAAUACCAGAUGUAAUGAAUGGCAAAAGUCCUUGGGAAACAUUCAACACGCAUGGUUCUGGAAUGAAGAAUUCUACUGAAGUUACAGAAGAACCAAGAACUCCUGAUAUUGACAUAAGAACUUCUGAUAUUGACAUAUCAGAUGUAAUGAAUACCAAAAGUCAUUGGGAAACAUUUAACUUGCAUGGUUCUGGAAUGAAGAAUUCUACUGAAAUUACAGAACCAAGAACUCCUGAUAUUGACAUACGAGAUGUAAUGAAUACCAAAAGUCCUUGGGAAACAUUUAACUUGCAUGGUUCUGGAAUGAAGAAUUCUCUUGUUAAAGACUACCUUAGAAUUUUAAACACAGCGGAAAAGGAUGAACUAAAGAAGUUAAAGGGAAUUGGAGAGAAAAGAGCAAACUAUAUACUCGAGCUUCGUGAAGAAUCGCCGGAACCUUUCAAGAGUCUUGAUGAUUUGAAGGAUAUUGGACUUUCUGAAAAACAGAUUAAGGGAAUGAUGAAGAAGGAAGUUGGAGAGCUUUUCAAUUAG